UAAUACUUACUCAGCUACCUUCCUUGUGAUCUUUUCAAACAAAUAAAAGUUAAUAAGCAUAUUUUUACUAAUAACAACAUUGAGAUUUCCAAGAACCCAGAAUACGAACACCUAUGCGUUUCAUAACAAGGCAACGCUCAGCAGUCACUGUGAUGAGUUUAAGUAACGUCCACAAGCAUUUGAAUUUCAUCUAUAAGCCAGCAACAAAUUCAAUACAAAACGAAACACCCUAGUGAUGAGAGAGAAGGAUCACUCACCAAGAAAAAUGCUACCCAGCCCUAAGCAAGGGUCCGUUUAUCCAUUAUUAGGCCUUGUGCCCACCACUACAUACGCAUCACAAGUACCUUAUGACCUAUCGGUGACGGCGACGCGCACCUCAACGGCUGCUUUGGGUACGUCGCCACUCUCGCUCACCAUAUCUGCCUUAAGUCAAAGCCACAAUGAAGCAAAAAAUCGUAAGCGUUGCAGCAGUUACGAUCAGCCGCUCGACCUGCGACUGGCGCAUAAAAAGCAUGACGGCUCCAAUGCCAGCGGCGCUUCCUCACCGCUGGAGGAUGAGAAUAGCAAUCUCAUAUACAAUAUCACGAACUACAACAACUCCAACUGUCACACCAAACCCACAAACGCUGCGUCGCCCAGCAAUCAUAAUGCGCCGUAUGCGAAAACGCCGUCGCAAACUGCGCAAAUAUUGAACUGUCGUUCACAACGCGAAGUCUCACCGACGGAUGUCGGUUGUGAGAAGGAGCUCAAUAACAACACGCUGCCAUCGCUAUGUGCUGACGCAAUUGCCGCUAAUCUGGAAAGUCUGAGCGGCAAGCAUAGCAAACGCUUACGCACGCAAAAGUCCGAAUUGGGUGUGGCAUGCUUGCGCAUCACAGAGUCAUUGCAUUUGAAUGCCGCCGCGGCAGCAGCGGCUGCCGAUCGACUACCAUUCGUCUCGUCCGCUUUGCAUCCCACACUGCUAGAGGCGAUGGCGAAGGCCAUACCACUGCCCUACCGUAACCCGUUCGUGCUACCGCGUCCACCUACAGCCAGUUCCUUUCCUUUUCUGCAACCGCCGCUGCAAAAGGAAAUGCUGCCCGGUUCGAUGCAGCUGCCGCAGUCACCCUCCAAUGAGACGCCUCUCGAAUUCCAUUUCGACGGCAGCGGCGGCCGAAGCAAUUUUUCCGAUGCGCUAACUCAUCCGCAAGUCAGCGGCAGCAUGAGCGCCAGUCCAAAUAAGACGGCACUUAAUGCGGGUAAUGGCAUCAGCGGUUGCACGGCUGGUGGUGCCUCGAAACAUUUGCAACAGCAAAUCAGCCAGAAUCAGCAGCAAUUAAACCACCAUGCGCGUCAGCAGCAACUUGCGAACACCGCUGGUAAUCGCUCAACACUAACUGCGGACGGCGUGCCUAUGCACCACAACAGCAAGAAAUCAGUGGCCACGUCACGUGCCAAUCUGCAUCCGAAUGCAGCCGGUAACUCGGCAACAGCGCAGUAUAAAAGCAAAGAUCGAUACACAUGCAAGUUUUGUGGCAAAGUCUUUCCGCGUUCGGCCAAUCUAACUCGCCACCUACGCACACACACCGGCGAACAGCCGUACAAAUGCAAAUACUGUGAACGUUCCUUUAGCAUAUCCUCGAACUUGCAACGUCAUGUGCGUAACAUACACAACAAAGAGCGUCCGUUCAAAUGCGAAAUAUGUGAACGUUGCUUUGGCCAGCAAACAAAUUUAGAUCGUCAUUUGAAGAAGCACGAAAGCGAUGCGGUCUCGCUAGGUUUGGGCAUGAACGAACGCAUACGCAGUCUACGUCGUGGUGGCUACUGCGACAAUCCUACUGAAGAAUCCUACUUCGAAGAGAUACGUUCCUUUAUGGGCAAGGUGACACAGUUACCACUCGGCGCUGCUGCUGCAGCGGCCGGCUCCACAAUAAAUCAAUCCACCACGGCUGGUAAUCAGGCGUUAGCACCGAAAUCACCAUCGACACGCAGUUCCACCUCCAGCAGUUCUGAACGCGAUUCAUCCACCAGUGGUGGCGGUUUGCAAAUAGUGCAAAACGAUAUGUUUUUAGAACCAGAAGCGGAAGCGGAAGUGGAGGCCGACACCGAAAUCGAAACGGAAGCCGGAGAGGAGUAUGUGGGUAGAGCAACUACAAAUGACAUGCAAGUGACAACCGAGCCAGUAAAUGUGUGUAAAGAUGAUGACGAAACGACAAUAACUACAAAGUCAAUAACUGCUGCAACAACAGCAGCAGCUGCGACAAAAAGAGAUGUCAACCGUACUGCGCGACAGUCAGGCGACAAAAGUUUGUACUUUUCGCAAACGGAAGUGUGUUUCAAACGUGACAGCAGCAGUAAUAGUGGCAGCCCACUAUGCGCCACCUGACCUGGCUGCCGGCCACAAUUCUGACGCCCACAAUGCCUGCGCCUUUAGUUUAUAAUGUGGAUUUUAUUGUAUCUAAUUAAAAGUAAUAAUAUAUAUUCGUGAAUUACGAAGUACGCGUAGCGGCAUAUUUCUAUGUACAGUUAGAGUUAGAUAAAAAUAUUCUCGAGUUGUAUGCUAUGAGUGCUAUGAGUUGUAAGCAUAGGAAUGCUUUGCUCUGAGAUUUAUUUGAUUGGCCAGUAUCGACAGUAAAAGUAAACACGAGGGUCAAAGAGAACAAUAACUGUAAUAUGUACUCAAAAGUUUUUCCCAACAGAAGUUUCUCUGUUUUCAAAUGUAACUUCUAGCCAUUUUUAUGGAACUCUAGAUACCAGUGAUGUCAUUCUAUGGACGUUUAAAAAAGCUUCAGUAAAGCGCUUCAUACAAAAAUAAGCGCAGAAAUUGCAUAUCUUUGUGCGUGCACGCCUUCUUUCUACUUUUACGCGUUAAAGCAAUUCCAAUGUGUACACUAAAAACUUUUGACUUUAAUCCUACUUUUAUGUAUAUUUUUUAAUAGAAACUUCCUUGUACGUACAAUAUACUUAUUUACAAUUUAGCGCUUGUGUAACAUAUGUGUUUCUAUAAGAAAAUCCUUUUGUACUUAGUCCUACUUUUAUAUGCACAUAAAUGUAUAUAUGUAUGUAGUUAUAUGAACUUUUUAGGUUAUAUAGAAUUACUAGUUUCUUUGUGUAGAAUAUUAACGCGUGCCUUUUGUGUAUUUAGCUCAUGUAAACACUCAAUCAACAACCUAUUUCUUAAUCGUUAAAUUAUUUAAGUUACUGAAAUUUUUGUUAAAAAUAAAUAGUUUAUAUAUUAUUUGUUUAUCUUAAG